AUGCUGAUACUAUCGAAGACAAUUCCUCAGCCAAAGGAGCAGACGCCGAAGUCAAUUAAGCAAGAGCUAAACGCCAUUCGACUCACAAUCGGUGUCAUCAGUGCUAUAAGUACGGCGACGUGGUGGUAUACUACCCUCACCAUGGACUCCAGCCUCUUUGAAGUCUUCAUCCCGCAGUAUUUCCUCACCACGCCACAAGACCCAAUCCUCGGACUUCGAACUGUCAUCCAAUUCGAUUGCAUUUGCUGUUACUCAGCCGGCUUUCUGUGGUUGGCGUAUCACUUCAAGGACCUUGAGAAUGUUGGGAUCUGCAGUAUUUCAUGGAUCCGAGCUGGCUGCGCUUCUGUUGUGUUGGGAGGUUUGCUUGGACCAGGAACUAUGUUCCCUCUGAUUUGGCUCUUAAGAGAGGAGUUGUUAGUUGCGACGCAGGUUGAUGUGAAGAAAUCUGAGAAUUAG